CUACUAAAAUCGCAGUAUCCACAAACAUUUCAAACACUUGACACUAGUGACAGUGACGUUUUGUUGUUCAAGCUUAGGACUUCUUCCAAAUUUACAAAAUGCAGUUGCGGGCACCUCCCCUACGUUUCUGGAUCGCGGUGAUGAUCUUUUUUACCACUUUCACAAAUUAUAUGUUGAGGUCGAACAUUUCGGUUAGCAUCAUCAAAAUGGUCGACAGGAAGUCCAAGAAUUUUACGCCCCCGUGCAAAGAAGGUCAAGUGAAAACAAACGCCACAAAGAAAGAGGAGAUCAACGAAACUCGCUAUCAAUGGAACGAAAACGAGGUGGGCCUUAUCAUCUCUGCCUACUUCUACGGCUACAUCGUCACAGUGAUGCCCGGAGGAAUCCUCUCCGAAAUGCUCGGUCCAUUCCACGUCAUACUCUGGACUAGCGUCGGUUCCGCGAUCCUCACCGGCCUCACUCCCAUCUGUGCAGAACUAGGCGUCUACGGAGUAGUCGCCAACAGAUUUCUCGUGGGUUUUCUCGGAGGUGUUGCAUACCCCGCCGUCAACGUGCUGAUAGCAAAGUGGGCACCGCCCAAAGAAAAGGGCAAGUUCUUGGCCGCCAUGAUGGGAAACACGUUGGGAACGGUGGUUUCGUUCAAUCUGGUAGGCUGGGCUACGGCGCUGUGGGGUUGGGCUUGGGGGUUUUACGUCCUGGUGUUUGUGAUGGUUGUGUUUUGUCUCGCUUUUGCAAUAUUGACCAGGGAUACGCCAGAGAAGCAUCCGUGGAUUUCGGAAGGCGAACUGGCUUUCAUCAAGGAGGCGCAGGAGGGACACGUUUCGGCUAAAAAGAAAAUCCCCCCCUACUUGAAAAUAAUACUGAGCAUCCCCUUCUGGAUAACCACUAUUGCCCAAUUCGGCAACCUGUGGGCCCUCAACCUCAUCCUCUCCUACGGCCCGAAAUACCUCUCCGAGACUUUAGGUUUCAACCUGAAAGCGUCUGCCGGCCUAGCCGCCCUUCCGUACCUCGCCAGACUGUUGACAAGCCAGGUUUUCGGGAUCGUAGGUGACUACAUGAGAAAAAAGGAAGUGAUGAGCUUGGUCAAAAUCCGCAAAUUCUUCAUAAUUUUUUCGCACUUCAUCCCGGCGGCUUGCAUGUUCCUGAUCAGAGCGGCCGGGUGCAACCACGCCGGGGUUAUAGGACUGCUGGUCCUUAAUCAGGGCUUCAACGGCGCCGUGGUGGUCGGCCAUCUGAUUAGCCCUCAGGACCUGGCGCCGAACUUCAGCGGGACGGUUUACGGGAUGAUGAACCUUGUGGGAAUGACGACGGGGAUCCUGGUGCCCUCGAUCACUGGAGCUUUGAAUACACACUACGAAAUGGGUCUAAUGGCGGCCACUAUUAUCUAUACGAUAGGAGGUGGCGUGCUCACUGCUUCUGGAGUCGCAUUUUUCUUAUUUGCGAGUGCUGACACUCAGCCCUGGAACGAAAUUGAGGAAUAAUGAGAAGACACAAUCAUUUCUGACUUCUGAUCCUUGUAAAGAUAAUCUGUGGUUGCAUAUUAAAAUUUGCUGGUUUUUAAGGA